AUGGAUCAAGAGUAUGUUGAAGUUGACGUUCCAACUAUCAAAGAGCACGCUAGAGACUUGGAAAUCGUGGAAACCGAAGAAAACCAUAGCACGAACAUCGAUGACGAAAGACAGAAACGUUAUACCCACUGGAAGAAGAAUGCUAAACUCUUAUAUGAGUUUUUGAACACGAACAACACCAAAUGGCCAUCACUAACGUGCCAAUUGUUCCCGGAUGUGGAUGUCGCGGGCGAUACACAUCGAAUCUUAUUGUCAUCGUUUACAUCGUCACAGUUGCCUCAGGACGAGUCCCUCUAUGUUGGUAAACUGUCAUCUAUGAAGCAUCUCAGCUGGAGCUCACUCAAUAACUUCGACAUGGAGGAGAGAGAAUUCAAGAUUGACAACUCGCUGAAACUACCGUCCAAAAACUUGGUGGAGGAUCUACGUAUCAAGUUUCCAACCGGUGGCGACUGCAACAAGGCCCGAUUUAGCCCUGCAAACCCGGAUAUUAUAGCCGCAGCCUCUUCCAACGGAUCCGUAUACGUAUUUGACCGAACAAAACAUGGAUCGGCCCGUCAAAAGUUGCUAUCUGGGUCAUCGAACGAGCCUGAGUACCAGAUCCAUUGCCAGCUACCGACUUCAGCGGAAUUGGAGCCCAACGAGGCUCUCAGUUUGGCAUGGAAUUGGCAGCGACCAGGCUCUUUGGCCACUACCUAUGCUCAAGGCCAGCUUUGCGUAUGGGAUUUACAAAAAUUCGUCAAAACCUCUGCAACGCUAGUAGACCCGGCUUUUGCGGUUGAAAUUGAUCCACAAGGUACUAAUGAUGCCUCCUGGAUGGUAAAUCACGACUCCCUGCUGGCAUGUUGUGGCGAGGGCAAUGUUUUGCGACUUGUGGACACCAGAACCGACCAAAAAGCCCAAAGUGUCGCAGAAACGAAUCCCAAUCACACAGGAGGCAUUAACGUUUGCCAAUUCAACUACCACAAGGAUCUUUUGCUUGCUUCUGCAGACUCGACGGGCAAAGUCAACCUAUGGGACGUACGAAACUUCCAAGAGCCCCUACAGGCGUGGCAGCACGGCGAUGCAGUCUCUGCGAUUCAGUGGAGUCCUCAUAACGGCGCCGUGCUUGCCACGGCCAGUCAAAACGACGGGCUUGUCAAGAUUUGGGACUUAUCGCAGCCGGACCAGGACGACCAGCUGAUCUUCACCCACGGCGGACAUAUGUUUGGCGUGAACGAUAUCUCUUGGGAUCUCCACGAUCCCUGGAUGAUGUGCAGUGUGUCGAAUGACAACUCAUUCCAGCUAUGGAAGCCUGCCGGCCACCUUUUGGCGGCUAAAUAG